CAAUAAGUACUCGUUUGUAUUUGAUGGAGGAGAAGAAAUUCCUAAAAAUGGCACUUACAUGAUCAAAACAAAUAUAGUUCCAGUCCAAUAAAUACGGAUGGUAGUCGAUGGAGGAAAAAUUUUCUGAUAAAAUGCACUUAUGAAAUUCCCCUUCUCCUUUAAAAAAGUAAACUAUAACGAUGCGCUAUUACAUCACAUGAACAAUGCACAUAUACAUGUACACAUACACACAUACAAAUAUGAAGCUUCGAUUGGGAGCUACGUCACUGUAUAAUUUGUAGUGUGGUUAACAAUUGAGGGGAAAUCUGUACUUAUUGGAUCAGCACUUAUUGGACUUUGAUUAUAAUAUAUCUUGCGUAAAUACUUUUAUUAUAACUAGUCAUUAAAUAAUCUAAUUAGACACUAGAAGUACGUUUUUGCUGUUUUAUUGUUAGUUUAAGUGAUAUCAAUUGAUAGUGUUGCAAAUGUAAAAAAAAAUGGAGAAGCCUACCGUUAAUAAAUUAUCCGAAAGUGAUGAUAAAAAAAAAGAAUUGAAAAGAAAGUGCAAAAAUUUUUCCAUAAAAGAAAAGUUAGAAAUAAUAGACCGUUUAGAAAGUGAACCUUUGAAUAAUAUUUUAAAAGAAAUAAAUGUUAAUGCUAGUACUGUAAGAAAAUGGAAAAAAAAUCGUAAGGAACUUGAAGACAGUUUAAUAGAACAUAUAGUUCAGCGUAAACGUCGACGUCAAGCAUUAAAUGCUGAAGUUGAUGAAGCACUUUACAUUUGGUUAUGUGAAUCAAGAAGAACAGGUGAUUUUGUAACGGGAACAAUGUUAAAGCAACGAGCUCUUGAUUUACAUGAAAAAAUGAAUUGCAAAACAAAGUUUAGUGCUAGCGACGGUUGGUUACGAAACUGGAAGAACAGAUAUAACAUAAAACUACAGACGACUAAUAAGGAAAAAUUAUUAAGAGAUCAAGAAGCUGCUGAAGAAUUUAUAACCAAAUUUCGAAAUGACGUGCAAUCUGAAGGACUAUCAAGAAAACAAGUUUUUAAUCUUGUUGAUACUCCAUUAAAUUAUAAAUCACUUCCUAUGAUGAUGUUCAGCAGGGAAGAAGAAUCUGAAUUAAGUAGUUUAAAAACAAACGUUGAUCGCUUGACAGUUACGGUUUGUUGUAAUGCUGAUGGUACAUUUAAAUUACCAUUAGUUAUAAUUGGUAAUACUAAGAACCCUAAAGCUUUAGAUGGAAUUCCUAAAAAUCAUUUACCUGUAUACUAUAGGCAUCAAACAAAAGCGUCAAUGGAUACUGAGAUAUUUGAAGAAUGGUUCAAAAAUGAAUUUGUACCAAAAGUAACUAGAUAUUUAACAAAAGAAAAUUUGCCUUUGAGAGCUGUCCUUCUGGUCAAUGAUUGCAGAGCUCAUCUGCAUUUAAAAGUAAAUAGUAUGGAAACUGUUAUCUUUCCAUCAAAUGUUAUGGCAUUAAUACAACCUCUAGGUCAAGGUAUUCUUGAAGCAGUUAAACGGCGAUAUAAAUAUAUUUUAACUCUAGCAUUAGUGAGUAAAAAACAAGACAACGUUGAAUUACCUACUCUGUUAACAGACGUUACGAUUAAAGAGGCAAUUUAUUGGGUGAAUGAAGCUUGGGAAGCAGUGAAACAAGAAUCAAUAUACAAGUGCUGGAAAAAAAUAUGGCCUGUUGAGUGUAAAAUUGAAAAUUUACCAAAUUCUUUUGAAUUUGUUAGUUCAGACACUAUAAAUAGUCACGAUUUUAUUUUCUCAGCUGAAGAAGAUAUGAUUGAUGAAGAAUUAACCUAUGGAGAUGUAUUGAGAGUUUUACAAAAAAUUGACGUUUACAAAAAUAUAAGAUUACAGUCUGUUAAGGAUUGGAUUGAACAGAAUGAUGGAGAAGAUUUCGAAAAAUCUCUUAAGGAUCAAGGAAUCAUUAACCUUUCAAAAAACCAGAGCGAAGAAAUAAAUGAGAAUGAUAAGAAUUUGGAUAGCACUAAUGAAAGAGCAGAAUUUGUUAAAGAUAAUUCAGUAUCUGGACCAGAAGCAUUAAAUGCCAUUGAAAAAGUUAUCAAAUUUUCAAAUAAUUUUAAAUUAUCUCUUGACACAAUUGUUAGCUUACAUAAAAUAAAAACUGAAAUUAUGUCUUUGGUGGUAAAUUCAAAGUAAUUAACUCUUGAUAAAUUUAAAAAUAUCAUUAAUAUGAUUUUACUUAAUAAAAAUAAUUUAUUUAUAAAGUUAAGUCAAAGAUUAUUAUAAGUUAAUUCGUUUAAUCUGUAAAUUAUGAUACUGACAGCUUACAAUUUUAAAAUUUUUAGAUUAUUAAAUUCAUUAUUGAGAAAAUGAUUUUAAAAUUCACUUGAACAAAUUUUUAAAAGUUCUCUACAUGUAUUUUCCAAAGUUAUUUUUUAUUAGUUUGAAUUUUUAAAUUUAAAAAUAAAUAAAUUGUCCGCUUAGUGCACUGUCAUCAAAGUUGAGACUACUCAAAACUAUUAAUAAAUACGCUGAAUUAAUUAUAUUUUUAUAAUUAUUUAUUACUUUUUUUUUUUUUGUACUUUUCUCAAAGCUUAUUGAAGAGCAUCUAUUAUAUUUUAUUCGAUUUUGUAAAUUGCAGAUAUGCGUUAUCAAUAAAUAAAUUUAAAUUUACUGCAGUAUAUUAGAAAUUAAAUAAAUAUAAUUUAUAGAAUUGAAAAGAGAUCAAAUUACUAUUAUAUUAAUUAUUACAUAUAAUAAAUAUGUGAAAUUAGUCUUUUUCCAUAUCGCACUUAAGACAAAAUUUGUUAGUGGCAGUAGUUUAGGUAGGGACAAAUUCUGCCAAAAAAUCAAAACAAAAUUCAUAACCUAUAACUGUCAUUAAUUGUGUACAUUGAUUUUGCAAAAAAUAUACAUCUUUAUUAAUAAAAUAUUUAUUUUUCGUGAAACGCCGAAAAAGCAUUGUCGCGAAUGCAAUAACGUGACAAUUAUGAUUUUAUUUAUUUUUUUUUUGUCUCCAAAUAUUUUAAAUGAAUAUAUUAAUUUCACAGUAAAAACUUAAUUAAGUAUAGAUGUAUAUUUGGUAAACAGUUAUUAAAAUUUUAUGAAUAAAUAUUAGCUCAACUAUUUUUCAAUCAACUCUGUUUUAUUACCGAUUGUAUGUGACAAUGUGACCAACGACAAGGCAAACAUCUCAUCAGCUAUACCGUGGUACUUUUAUCAAUUUCUUCUUGACAUGAUAUUUGACCCAGAACAUCUUUCGAUAAAUUCAUUUUAUUCUUCAAUUAAAAUAAUAUUUAAUAAACAUCUGUAAAUUUUUUUUUAAGCUAUUGCAUAGCUUCUAUCGCGGGCCUUGAGCGCGGGGACCGAAUCCAGAAAUUCCGUAACGAAAAAACCUCACGCUCACGUUUCAAUGAUAAAUAUUCCUGAAUAACCAACAGCUACUGUAAGAUAAUAAAACCCACAUGUAUUGUAAAAUAACAAAAAUAUUUUAAACAAUAUUAACUUGUUAUUUAUUUAAUAAAAGAAAAAUUUGUUUUCUUAUCGGUCACCACGCUCAAAAAGUGUAACUUGAAUUAAUAUCAAAGGAAAAUAAAUACUGCAUAAAUAAAAUAAAUAAAUAAUUAUAAUUGCAUAAGUUGAUACAAAAUGCUAUGCAAUAGCUUUACCGCGGC